AUGCUAAGCUCUCCAGAUCGGCAAAGAAAUUUUGAGCAACUGCGUGCUCACUGGGAGAUUGUUGUGACCGGUGAGGACACAAACAUGGUGGGAAGAAGGAAGAAGCCAGCGCUUCGCCAAGCUGCAAAUGAUGCUGUUGAGCACAAUGCAGGCGGCAAGUUUCGCAGAAAACUCAGCCAUGGUCUUGCUUUCAUCUCUCUCACGCAACGGAAGGGUGUGCUUGGACGGCAGCUCUCGAACAACGCUUCAUUGGCAGUGACCGUACCCAGCACCAACGACAGCUCCACCACGAUCUUGGACCACGACGCUCUGCUUUCAUCUCAGGCCGACCCUACGUCGCUGGUGACUUUCGACGAACCACCUGUCCCGUCGCAGGACGACACGAACGCAGGCGCCAGGCAACUACCUCGAUCACGCACCUUCAGUUACAUACCACGCCCAGUUAAGACUGACGCUGAAGCCGAUUCUGUUGCGGAGCUCGAAAAGCUGGCCACGCCGUUACGGGACACGGUCAUGUCAGAUCCAAGCACUUGCGCGCCCUCCAGAAUACCUACCCCGAGUCCGCCGCAAUCGAGCCGCCGAGGCUCCAGUCCACGUCAGUGUCUGCCUAGUAACUCACCACUGCAAGCAAUAGGUGUAGCAAAACGUCAGUCAUUGACAAAUGUCCAUAUUUCCCCAUCCAAAGCUGCGAUACGUUCACGUACAACUCCAAAUCUCUCAAAGACAGCUAGCACAAGUCAGACUGCAAGCUACAUGGCACCGAGAAAACCAGGAAUUAAGCGGACGUUCGCUUCUUCUACACUUCUGAAGCCUGUCCUGGCAGAGAACAUACCAACAAGCAAGCGUGUAGCUCAGCGACGGUCGCAAAUCCAGGACCAAGCAGCAACACGGGAGAGUUUAUCUGUACCUUCUGUGACGUCCAACAGAAGAUUGUUCGGACCAGGCGUUCCGCUUGAGAGCAAACGCGUGAGCUUCACAGCACCGUCAAGCAACGUCAAACAGCUCAGUUCGCACCCGAUGCAAGCUCCAGUGACUGUCAGACAUACAAACGGAAAAAAUGAAUCGAUAAGACCAGACUCACCCCGCCCCUCGGAAGCAACGCAUGUUGCUCGGCCUCGUCCAAAAAGCCCUCUAACGGCUGCGCUCUCGAGUGAUGUUCCUGAGGAGCCACUUCUUGCGCCGCCUCAGUUGGGCCCCGAUGAUGGCACACAAAGAAGAACCCUCGGGACGUCAAACAGGCUGGUUGGUGUUUGGGGGUCGUCCAAGGUCUUUGCGACUGCAAACCAUCAGGUGAGAAGACUUCCACGUUCCUCCACAUUUCACCAUUUUGGAAAACGCUUGGAACCUCCUCCUUUGCCGCCCAUACCAAAUCAGUACAAAUCCCCUUCAUCGUCCAAUCUCAUCCAGUCUGUCUCGCACCAGUAUACAUCGCUAUCAUCAUUGAACCUGCACCACCACUUUCCAAUGUCUUCGGGCCAGUUCGGCACGUCUAGCAGAUCCCUACUCCUUGAUAUAGCUUCAGCCCAGAAAUCGUCAGAACUUGAGUCGUUGAAGUCUGAGUCGACCUCAGUAUCGAUGACUACUGCUGAAGUUACAGAGAAUGUAAAGGAUAUGAACCGUGUCAACGAAGGGCAAGAACCGACUCGGGACCAGGAUACGCACGCCACUUCCAGACAUAAGGCUGGCGAUGAUCUCUGUGGAUCAAAAGUAUUCUCUACGGCUUCGAAUGCCUCAGCAAAUUUGCUGCCUGUUAUAGCAGAAAUUUGUUUUGGGUCGACUGGACCGACAGCCUGGGGUACAUGCUCAGAAAGGUUGACAGGAAACCUGCCAGUGCAACGACGCUGGUCCAUUUCUGAGCGUUUCUGUCCAAACAGUGCUAAUUACAUCACGCGUCUACAGGUUACAGACUAUAUGCCGCCAUUAUACUGGGCAGGUCGGUUUCAGUCUCGCUAUGAUCAGUGGCGCACAGAAGCUAUGACGGUGUUACUCAACUCCGAACAGAAGCCUGAAGACGACGGACCGCUAGGAAAUUGCCAUCUGGAUGACGACAAGAAAGCCAUAGUCUUGAUUUUCAUGCAGCUCAGGGAUUUGUGUGCUUCUGCACAGGCUGCAGAUAGUCUGCACGAGUUCGAGUAUCAAUAUCGGAAGGAUCACAAGAUGCUCGACACCAAACACGAUCUUCCACCAUCACUGCGUAAGCCCGAGGAAUUAAGUCCCAGAGGAGCCAUUGGACGAGCUGUAAGGAAGCUGACGCCUCGCAAGGCUAGCUUUGCCAAUCUUUUCAAGGGCAAAGGCUGGAACAGGAACGACGAUGCAAAGCCCGCUGAUAUGCCUGAGCAUAUCCGCGAGCUGCACAAGAUGGCAGACCGGUCUGACGGGUCAGAUGCAACUGCAUACUUGAAUGUUGUUGAGCCGAGGCUUUGA